GUCUGCAUUAGGGAUAUCUUUUGACAGGAAGGUAUGGGGAUAGUCGAUACAAAAUCAAUUGAAUCAAUCCAAGCUUCAUUAUCUUUGUUUGGUGAGAGAAGCGAUCAUAGGAAAAACCGGUUUACCAGCUGCGAUGAGUUGGAGAGGAAGAAAGAGCUUGAAGGCCUGAUGAAGGACAUGGCCAACUACAACGUUCAACUAGAAGGAAAGGGCUCUGCCUACAGGCAAGCCCUUCUCAAACUAAACCACUAUCAAAAAACAGCUAAUGAACUUUCCAUCCUAGUGAAGAGUUCUGAGAUUGAGAAAGAUAUAUCAAUGAAUGCAGAGAAGGUCGGAUGAGAGUGCACGAACGUGAAUCCGAGAUGGCUGAUAUAUCUGAUCAACAAUCCAAAACUAAAAUGAUGCGAGAACAACUUUCUCAUUUUAUGAAUGAGUUGAAGACUUCAUGACAAGAGCUACUUAUAAUGGAAACAGAUCUCACUGCUGCCAUAAACACGAAGCUUGAGGCCUUGACACAGGUAGAAUUGAUGGAAACUGAAUUGCAAAUGGAGAAGGGAAUGACUGAUGAGCUUUUGAGGCACGUGUCAGAGCUGAAUGAGGCUGUUAUGCAUUCAAAGAUGGCAUCUAAUGAAGGACAGAAAGAGAUUCAUGUUGUUCUAGUGGAAAAAGUAACUGAAUUAGCAUUGGCAACAACAACAGUGGUUGAAGCAGAGGAAAAGUUGGAAUAUAUGAGAAAACUAUUAGAAGUAAUGCAGGAUUUGGAGAAUCAGCUCAUGAACAAGUUUGUUUUUAUCGAUUCACUACAGUCGGAUCUCAAUCAGGCGAAUGAGCUACGUGGGUCCUUUGAGAAAAGAGCUUCUAAUGCCAUUAGUGAGUUAAAUACGGUAAAAUCAAAGUUCAAAAUGCAGGAAAGAAAGAGCUCAGAUCAGUUGGGUAAUAUUGAGUUUUUGCAAAUGGAGUUGAAUCAGUUGAGACUAGAACUUAAAAAUUGCAAAGGAAGAGGUGGAGCGCUUAGAUUCGGACACUAAGAAGAUGGAAGGUGAAUUAGAGAAGGCGAGAAAUGAGAUGGAAUAUUAGAGGAAGAGAGAAGGUAGCGCAAGUUGAGAUAGUGAUGUUGAAAUAUGAGGUUCAUAAAGGGCGGUUGAGAAUUGUUGCAGCUAAGGCAGCUGAAGCAAGGAUCAAGAGCCGAGGCAGACGAGUCCAAGAAAGAGAAUUGGAGGCUAAAAGAAGAGUUUGAUAACUCUGUUGUUAAUGAAUAUGGAAGAGACAAAAGCAAUGCUUGUAUCAAGAUUUCAAAGGACGAGCAUGAGGCCUUGAUUGAGAAUGCAGAGAAAGUUACUGAGCUUGUGCCAGAAAAUUACUACGAAUUGGAAAAUUCGAAGAAAGAGUUGGAAAUUGCAAUGGUGAAAAUCGCAUAGUUUAGGAAUAGAGCGGAACAGGUUGUCAGUAGAGUCGAGGCAGCUGAGAAAGAUCAGAUGAGGAAAGCAGAAGCAGAAGUAGCUUUAGUUAUGAGUAGCCUUCUAAAAACUAUCAGCCGCUCGGUAAGGUUCUUAGCAUGAAAUUCUAGUCUCACAACUUAAAUCGUUGAGGUUUAUUGAUUUUGCCUUUCUAUUUUUUCUUCACCCAAAAUAGAAAAAAUAGAUAAAUAAAUUGUGUACGAACGGGAAGAAACUGCACAUUUGUCUUGCUUUAAGUGGGUGAUAUCUGAUGUCCUGUCCUGUUCAUGAACAUUUGUCAAUUUUUUUUUUUAUCAGCAAACAUUUGUCAAUUUUAUCAUGCAAAAGUUGAAUGAAGUA